AUGGGCGACGUUCUUGCCAGAUCGACCGCGCCAACCGAUAAAACUCUCCGUGUUGAGAGGUACACACUGUACCCCGAACAGGUGUGGUACCUCUUUGCUGUAUUCAUUUUCGUCGUUGGUGUGUUCCAGUGGGGUUCGUUCCUGCAUUCCAAGUUUUCAAGACGGCAUCGCAGGACGGGAAGGACAAUCAAUGACCCAGAACUGGCAUCGACGUCGGCGAGCCGCGGCCUGUCUCUAAGGCGGAUUCCGCUUGCUCUUACCAAUGCAUAUCGAGUCGUCGCUUUCCGUUGGACGCUUGAGAUCGGGUCGUCGUACACGCUCAACAUGGCCGAGGUCUUUGUGACCAUAGCAUAUAUCGUAAUGCUAUUCAUCUGGGCUUUUAUCAACACUACGGACCUUGAAGGCCAUAAACUGGAUAUAGGAUACUGGAGCAAUCGUGCCGGAUACCUUGCUGCUAGUCAAUUUCCCAUGAUUACUGCGCUGGGGACUAAGAACAACCUUGUAUCACUUGUCACAGGUAUCAGUUACGACAAGCUGAAUUAUGUUCACAGAAUGAUGGCAAGAGUCGUCAUUGUCCUGCUUUGGGUUCAUGGUGGAAGCGAAAUAUACAAUUACAAAAAUUUCUUGAUUUCUCUGCGUCAAGAGGUGUGGCUCCAAUGCGGGCUCAUGGCACUCAUCGCUUUUUCUCUUCUUUGUGUCAUCUCUAUACGUCCGAUCCGUUCAGCGGCUUAUGAACUCUUCUUCUAUGCUCACUUGACCUUGGUUCUGAUAUUCUUGCUCGGCGCAUACUUCCAUACAAAAGGAGCACAUGGUUCAUAUUGGGUAUGGCCUUCUUUCGUAUUUUGGGCUCUCGACCGUUUCGUCCGGGUAUGUCGCCUGGUCGUCUUCAACCACUCUUACUUUGGCUUCAAGUCCGGCACUGGCACGAUGGAUGCAUCGACCGAACUUCUUUCCGACCAUUUUGUUCGUUUGCGGCUGCGCCGCCCACCACACUUCCAUUGGACACCUGGACAGACAGCCUAUCUCAUCAUGCCAUCCGUAUCACAGUUGCCAUUCGAAGCACAUCCAUUUACCAUCGCUAGCUUUGACUCCAGCUUCCUUACAGCCUCAUCCCCAGAUUCCACGGCGACGUCAUCAAGGGAAGGUAGCGUUAAGGUUCUAGAGAAGACGAGGGACAAAAAUCUCGACGAGGAUGAUAGUACGCUGUUCUGGAAGGAGCUUGUCUUCCUGAUCAAUGUAAGAGGGGGUUUUACAAAACGCCUGAAGGAGGUUGCCGCACAGAAUGGGAAAGUGAAGGUGUUCGUUGAUGGACCAUAUGGACCCUCUCCUGAGUUAGGGUCGUAUGACACUUCAGUGCUCAUUUCGGGUGGAUCUGGUGUCUCAUUUACGCUUCCUGUACUGUUGGAUAUCAUUGAGCGUGUGCGGAAUGGGAAAAGUGAUUGUCGUCGAGUAGUCUUCAUCUGGUCCAUUCGUGAAGCUAGUCACGUUCAUUGGAUCGACGAAGCUCUCAUCAAGGCGAUACAGCUAGCACCUCCAUCUAUGUCCGUCUCCAUCCAUCUCUACAUCACUGGAGUUCCUGCGACCGUCGACCCACUACAUUCUUCCUUUAACGAAGACGACUCGAUACAUUCGGCCUCGCGCUCAGAGUCUGGUGAUCAUACCGUACCUGAGCACUCGGAGAAACACCAAGACUCGAUAUUCAACAUGGCAGCAGUGAAAGUGCAGCAUGGCAGAGCCGAUCUGGAUGAACUGCUGAAAGAGGAAGUUGGAAUAACUACCGGCAGGAUGUCGUGUGUGGUUCGCAAGCUAUUGCUCGAGCUGUCCGACACGCUCUCCGUUUUCCUGUCUCCGGGCCUAGCAGCAUACUGA